GAAGAAGAAGUAAUACGUAUUUUUCAUGGGACAGAAGGAGGGCUGUUUGAAAGGGAAAAAAGGUACUUUCUGUCAACAUGUUCAAAAUAAAACAAAUUACCUGACAAGGUCGACGUGGCUGUUCGUUGUCAGUAAGACGUCUCGUCUACAAGUCCGCUCAGACUAAACGUUGACCUGUUGUUUGCUUUUUCCCAGGACAUAAUGUUCAGUGAACUUUAGCUUGCGACGUUAGCUAGCUCGUAGCUCUGUUUGACUGUUGUCUGUCUUUAACGUUGCUUUCCGCUCAAUGUUGAACCAUUUCACCAUUACACUGGUGUCUUUCUAAACCCCGUGACGAUGGCGAGUGUGCACGAAAGUCUGUAUUUCAACCCCAUGAUGACGAACGGAGUGGUCCACGUCAACGUGUUUGGCAUUAAAGACUGGGUGACUCCGUAUAAAAUCUCCGUGCUGGCGCUGUUGUAUGAGAUGACCGCAUCUAAGAUCACACUGCCAGAAAGAAGACGACUUAACCAGCUGAUCCUCCCCCUGCAGCAGGGUCCUGACCUGACUCUUGGCCAGUUCCUGCAGACAGUGGAGGAGUGUUGCCCUCAGACUGCAUAUGCGGUCAAACUCCGGCUUCAUGAGAUGGCAGACGGAGAGCUGAAAGAUAUGGAGUACUUCUUUUCCACUCUUCCCACCCCGUUCACUGCUUUUGAUUCUGAGGCUUAUAAAACCAGCGUUGUGGGUCUUUUUAUGAGACACAUGCUCCUGGCCUACAACAAGCUGUCCUUCAGUCAGGUCUACAAACUCUACAAGUCCCUGCAGCACUACUACCACAGUCACUACGCCAAGCCUACUGAUGGGCAGGAGGGACUUCCUGCGCUGGUUGCCGAUGACUCAGAUAUGGACCUCACCAGCGCUGAGGAUACUGUAGGAGACAGAACAGGCAAAGAGGAGAUGGACACCCCACUUCAUGUGUCAGAGCUUCGAAAUGAUAAUGCUCUGAGCAGAGGUCCCCUGUCCCAAAAACAAGCAGAGUACUUUCUUGCUAGACAGGCCUAUCUUUUGAAGAAUGAUGAGAAUAAAGCUCUAAAGCCCGCUGCACUGCAGGAAGAGCUCAACAACAUGCUGAAGUUUAACCCAGAUUUUGCUGAGGCACAUUACCUGAACUACUUGAACAGCAUGAGAGUCCAGGACAUCUUCCUCUCCGCCCAUAGUCUCUUACAUUAUUUUGACCGCCUCAUCUUGUCUGGAAAUGAGGGAAAGAGCAACGGAGAUGAGGGCUAUGGUCGAAGUCUCCGUUAUGCUGCUCUGAACUUGGCAAGCCUGCACUGUCGCUUCGGUCACUAUCAUCAGGCUGAUCUGGCUCUCCAGGAGGCUAUCCGUAUAGCUCAGGAGUCCAAUGACCACGUGUGCUUGCAGCACUGUCUGAGUUGGCUCUACACCCUGCAACAGAUGAAAGGAUCUGACAGCACAGUGUUGACUGAGGAUUCAGUGAAAAUGGCUGCCCAUUUCUGCCUGCCGUAUCUGGCCUCUCUGGGCAUUCAGUCAUUGGUCCAGCAGGGGGCUACGCUGGGUAAGACGGCACACAAGCUGAUGGACGCUCUGAAGGACACGGACAUCCUGCACUGGAAGCACAGUCUGUCAGAGCUGAUCGAGAUCAGCCUGGCUCAGACUACGUCCAUAUGGAGGAUGUAUGGCAAGAGUACCAUGGCUCUGCAGCAGGCCCAGCUGCUACUAAACAUGAGCAGUCUGGAGCCAGUCAACUUCGGGGUCCAGCAGAACAACACGGAGGCCUUCACCGUGGCUCUCUGCCACCUGGCCGAACUACACGCAGAGCAGGGCCUGUACUUUGCUGUUUCAGAGAUUCUCCAGCAUCUGAAGGAACAGUUUCCUCCUCACUCACAACAUGCAAAGCUGUGGAUGCUGUGCGACCUCAAAAUCCAGUUUGAGAGGCACAUGAAUGAAGGAAAAUACCACUUAGCGGAGCCACUGGUCACAGCUAUCUCUGCUUUAAACAAAACAGAGGGUCUCUUCAGGAAAGCCCAAGUUCUUAAGGCUCUCAACCGCAGCACCGAGGCGUACAGCAUCUUAAAGCGGCUUCAGGUUCACUGUGAGAAGACUAAAUGCACAGAGAUGGUCAUCAGAGGGAUGCUCGCCACUGCCGGGCUCCACUGGGAGUCGUCUGGCUUCUCCACUGCUCUCCCUCUCCUCCUGCAGGCUUUGGCCUCGGCAAGACAGCACCACCUACAGUCCCUGGCCUCAGAGACCAUCCUUCACCUGGCCUUUACUCAGCUGAUGCUGGGGGUUCCUGAGAAAGCUCUGAAUGUCCUGCAUGAAGCCAUCGAGCCUGUUCUGGCCCAUGGAGCAGUCAUGGAAAAAGGUCGAGCCCUGCUGUUGACAGCCCGCUGUCAGAUGGCGGUGGCUGGGUUCAGGCCAAACAGAAAAGGGCAAGCAGAUUUUCAUCUGGCAGUUUUGGCUGUUGACACUCUUAACGAGGCUGCGGCCUAUUUUUCCAAGCUGAACUGUAAGGAGCGGCUACGUGACGUCCACUACCUGCAGGCUCAACUCCACCAUUCCCUGGGACAAAUCUCACAGUGCAACAAAAGUGCCAUGCUCUUCCGGCUGCUUGACCAGGAGCUGCAGUCAGCAGCACCACCAUUCUCCAUGCGACUCUAACUGUUUGUUUUUCAGCAACAAACUGUAGACUUUUUGGGGGGGCUGCUGAAAAGGAGAGAACACAUCCUCAACUGCUGAGUUGAGUCAUUUCAGCUCACCACUAGAUGGUAGUGAAACUCUGUCCUGUUCUGUCGCAGCUCUGAAAUGUAAGUUUUAGGAAUAUUUUGAACUUGUUGUUAUUCUGGAACUAAUGCCCGGAUAAUUAUUAAAUAGUAAGCAGUCAUAAAUGUUUUUAUUAUCUCUUCACUUGUGGUUUGUUACAGAUUUGAGCUGUUUUACCCUCCACUUUUUGAUAAAUAAGGGUAAUACAACAGUUAGCUGUCAGAUGCAUGUUUUUCAGUGGACUGGAUGAUUCAUAUUUCCCAACAAGAAUUCUGAUGACGCUGGAAUCUGAGGGGAUGAAAUCGUGAUCACAUGGUGUAAUAGAGCCACUGUGACAUAACAGCAGAUACUUUAUCUUUAUUCCACUUAUGCCUGACACGAUAUGAAUGAUUACAUUUCUUCUGAAUCUGCUACUCAAAGCACUGCUUUUCAGAAAUCAAACAUUUUAUCUUACUUAGUUUUAAUUUAAUACGACAAGCAUUGUAAUAAUUGUAACAGUAAUGUACUUGCAGUCGGAAAUGUAUGUGGUAAAGUUUAGUUAUGGUCUCAGUUGUUUUUAAAGUUACUAGUCAUCUUGAUAUUUCAUGUUGCGAUAGUUUUGUUUGUCCCUAUGUACAAGCAUAUCUGUCCCAUUGACCAUCUGUGCCGGCCCCCUGGAAGUUUCUGUUGAAUGAGCUCAAGUGCCAUGUUUGGUUUCAUGUCGUUUCCUGUAUAUACAGAUGGAUUGCAGUGGUGCGUAGUAAAAACAGGCCUGUUUUCUAUGUAAAUAUCACACAGUCAAGUCAUACACCCCGCUCUCACAAGUGAGGGAUUGAUCACAAAAAACAGUGUGUAAGCCAGGUCACAGGGCCGCUUAAUAAUAAACUAAUGCAUCUCUGGAUACAGGAGCAUGUUUAUGAGCUGAGGAUUCAGUUUACGCUUUUACCCAUUGAGUUUAACCAUAGCAGGUAUUGUGAGCUGCAGUGGGGUUUUAAAUCACUAAGCGUUGUUCAUCAAGUUUGCUUCAAAUGCAGCUUUUCAAUAAGAUCAUUCGACCAUCAUUGAAGAGAUUGAAAAAAAUAAGUUUUCUUUGGAGCUCAGAAAAGUAAUUAUCAACAAAAAGCUGAACUUUUUUAGAUUGAGGAGUGUACCCAAAAGGUGACGAAGCAGUCUUGUUGCCGGUACUUGGUUUUUAAUUUGCUCAGAGCACGAGUGGAGAUAUUUUCUGAAUCCUGAUUGAAAUUCACUCAACAAUCUAAGUCGAAUGCAUCAUCUCCGACAUCUGUUCACGUUGUCAUUUUUGGUGCUUAAAUAGUGAGUACAUUAAUGGAUUAAAGCAUAUUUAGGUAUUGUUUAAUAUUAUAAUAUAUAAGUGCCAAACAUUCACUGUGCCAGCUGCUUUUCUCUGUUUUGGGCUUUUAGCCAUGCUAUCAUAGCAUGACUGUUGGUCUAUAUCUUACAUUUCAAUGUUAAUUUAUAAUUGGCACCAUAAUUAUAUAAAAUGUUGUUUUCA